AUGCCGCCCAUAGCUGGCUACUGGCAUAGCCUCUUAACGAGGCAUGUCAAGACAUGGAAAGCUGCCGCCAAACAGGUUCAGAAAAUCGUACAGAGCAAAGCAGCCCAGUCGGCAACCUCCAAAGUUGAGCCCGUCCUGGUCCGCAGCUCUGCACGACAGCCACUUCACCCCGCUGCUCGCAUCAGACAGCACCAGAGCCGUUGGUUCAGUAGCUCUUCACGCUCUGCUUUCAAGGAUACCGUCCGUCGCUUCACCUCAAUUGCCGAGCAAUCGUCAGGACAUCAGUACAAGCGUAGCGCUCUGCCCAAGUCUACCGUCGGCAAUGCCGUCAUCCGUCACUCUGGCCGCGCUCCUUUCGCCUCGACUUUGAGACCCAACCUUACUGGAGGUACUCUGGGACGCACAUCUGGAGGAUACUCACUUGGAGGAGGUCGCAUCGGAGGUCAGAGAUACUUCUCCCAUGGUCCUGCUAGCCAAGCACAAGUUGUUCAGAACGUUUCUCAGGCUGUCCGUGCCUUCUUUGUAUCUGGAAACAAGGCCCAAUUCAAUGGUGUCAACCCCCGUGGAGAGAAGUCAUACAAGACUGUUACUGCCACCCAGGAAGACACUGCUAUGAAGUUGCGUUCGUUGCCUAAGCAGACCCCUGGCUCUUACAUCUCUUUCCCCAUCAACCCUACCAUCACUGCAUUGACCUCCUUGAAUGCUGUCGCCGGCUACGCCGAUGCUGAGCACGUAAACACUGAUGGUCUCCUCGAUGGCCUCACCGUCGACUUCUCCCGCUCGCUCAAGGACCUGACCGCUGUCCUCAGCGAUCUUAGCAAGCUCUCGAAUCUGGGUGAUCUGCCUAUCACAUAUCAAGGUUCAUCGCUGCGCAUCCAUUUCCCUGGCUGCGAUGCCGAUACUGUCAACAGAUUACGUGACGAGCUUCAGAUUCAACGAGGUGUCACAGUUCAGGACGAGGACUUUGACGACUUUGUCGGUUCGGAGAUUGCUCUGUUGUUCCCUUUCGCUCCAAGCACACAGGAGUCUGAGAGCGGCAGCGAGUUCUAUGAAUCACCAUCUGCAAGUCGUAAAGCAGACUUUGAAUUUGACAGUCCGGCCAUGGUCUCGGACUACGAGUCGUUGCAUUACUCUAGCUCUGGCGAACGCGAAGAUGCUCAAAGUCCUCUCGAAUACCAAAACUUCGAAGGGAUUUACAGAUUCAUUGAGCAGUGCGACUCGCACAGACGCUGA